ACCGCCGAUGCUAUGGAGGCUCCUUGAUCACCAUGUCUGGGUCCAGGUCACCCCACCCUGGGUUAAAGACACACUGAGGGAGGGCGCCCCGGCUCCUUUGCAGGGAGAAGUUCUCGAGGUUUAGGGAGCACGGCUGAUGGACUAGGGGCCGGGGCUACAAAGACGAUUAUGACACAGUCCCCUCCCCAAAGUGCGCACAGACCUGCGGGGGCCAAGUGCGGAAGCAGAGCAGCUGCAUGGAUAGGGUCCUGAGCUAAGGGGGCAUAAAGGGCCAUGUAGAUCGGUCUUGUGGAAGAGCAGGGGCAUCAGAGAUGGCUUCUUGGAGGAGGUAACAUCCUGACUGGUCGAGUGAACCUACCUGGGGGGGGAACUGCUUGGUGCGUGCUGGACGCGCAGAUUUUGAAUCUUUGAACUUGCCAUCAAAAUAAUGGCAAAUAACAUCAUAAAAUCAGUAGAACAUUCAUCUAAAAUUCAUCAGAAAAGUGAUCCACAACAGGUCUCUGAUAGAACAUUUUUCAUCGAUGCUUCGAAUCAGCGCUUGGUUACCAUCCCCUCAGAGAUCUUAGAAUUAAAAGAAUUAGAAGAAGUGCAUCUGGAAAACAACCAGAUGGAAGAAAUCCCCGAGGAUAUUCAGCAUUUAAAGAAUCUCAGGAUCCUCUACCUGAACAAGAACAAGCUGAGGGAGCUGUGCCCCGAGCUGGGGAAGCUGAGCAACCUGGAGGGCCUGGACCUGAGCGACAACCCCCUGCUGUCCUCCUCCCUCCCGGUCCUCAGCGGCAUCCGCACGCUGCGCGAGCUCCGCCUCUACCGCACUCACCUAGAGGCGUUCCCCAUCGUCAUAUUGAAACUCCUUCACCACCUCGAGCUGCUCGGACUGGCCGGAAACCGCCUGAAAUCUCUGCCCAAAGAAAUAGUGAACCAGAACAAACUCAGGGAGAUCUACCUGAAGCAAAACCAAUUUGAAGUUUUCCCUCCGGAGCUGUGUGUUCUCUCCAACCUGGAGAUCAUUGACCUGGAUGAGAACAAACUAAGUGCCAUCCCAGAAGAGAUCGGGAACCUGGCGAGUCUGCAGAAGUUCUACGUGGCUUAUAACAGCCUUCCCUUCCUACCCGAGUCGCUGGGCCAGUGCAGAAAACUGUCGGUGCUGGAUUUAUCCCACAACCGGCUCCACUCCAUCCCGCGCACCCUCGCCCAGCUUUCGGAGAUGACGGAGGUGGCGCUGAGCGGGAACCCCCUGGAGAAGGUGGCGCGCCUGCUCUGCAGGUGGCCCUCGCUGCACCUGCUGUACCUGAGCAACACCGGCCUGCGCGCGCUGCGGCGCUCCUUCCGGAGGCUCGUCAACCUGCGCUGCCUGGAUCUCAGCCAGAACCAUCUGGAACACUGUCCGUUGCAGAUCUGUUCGCUGAAGAACCUGGAAAUCCUGGCACUGGAUGAUAAUAAAAUAUGGCAGUUACCUUCAGACUUCAGCUCACUUUCAAAACUGAAGAUGCUUGGACUAACUGGAAAUCAGUUCUUCUCAUUUCCGGAAAAGAUCCUUUCUUUAGAGUCUUUAGAGAAGUUAUACAUUGGGCAAGAUCAGGGAGCCAAGCUCACUUAUAUACCAGAAUCCAUCAGGAAACUACAGAGCCUUAAAGAGCUGUAUAUAGAGAACAAUCAUCUGGAGUACCUGCCUGUGUCCUUGGGAUCAAUGCCUAACCUGGAAAUUCUUGAUUGCCGCCACAAUCUGCUUAAGCAACUUCCAGACGCCAUCUGCCAAGCACAAGCUUUGAAAGAAUUACUCCUCGAGGACAACUUGCUCACCGACCUUCCAGAGAAUUUGGAUAGUCUCAUGAAUCUAAAGGUUCUGACACUGAUGGACAAUCCCAUGAAAGAACCCCCAAAAGAAGUGUGCACCGAAGGCACUGAGGCAAUAUGGGCGUACCUUAAGGAAAAAAGAAAAAUGAAAAUAAUGGCAACAAAGAUUCAGGCAUGGUGGCGUGGAGUGAUGGUACGGAAGGGACUUGGGAUAUUUGAAGAACUGCUGAAAUUGCAAAAGAAAGGCAAGAAUUCUCCAAAAGAUAAGAAAGGAAAGAAGGAUGUAAAGGGAAAACCUGUAAAGGAGAAGAAGAAAUAA